AUGACUUGCAGUUCUGAAUUACAGAUAUACUUUCCGCAUGAUCUUAUUAGAACAGUAUCCCGAUCUAAUGUCACUAAGAAAUGGUAUCUUGUUGGUUUCAACAUCAACAAUAUAUACAUAGUUGUCCAAGUGGUUCAGAGGAAGUACUUGAAUCUCAAGAAAUUGCCCCCGGCCUUAAAAGGAUUAGUCAUCAUUGGUUCCAUUAAUGAUGAAGCAAACAAGUACGAUUUGUCAUUGGUUUGGUCAGAGAAUACCAAAUUGCCUAUUAUUAAGAAUCGACCAGAUCCCGCUUUUAUCAUCAUAUUCCAACCACCCAACUUCAAAAACUUGGAAUACUUCUCUAUAAACCCCAUCUUACUACAAUCUAUGGGAAAUGACCUUGUGAACUUUGCCAGUAACGAGUUAUCUGAGAAGUUUUGUAGCGUGGAACCUAAAACAAUCACUUCCAAGAAUCAAAGCUUUAUAUCGGAUGACAAGAUUCUUCAACGAAUAAACCGGAUCGUCCAGUACAGAAUAGAAUUGCGGAACUGGUUAGGAGAAUCUCAUAUUGUUAAUUUCGAUCCGUCGUCGUAUUCUUUUCUUCUCGGUAUCUUAAGAACGGUAAUCCGGAGCUUGCAAAUGUUGAUAAUCUGGUUGAUCUGGAUAAUUAACUUGAACACCUUUGGCUUUAGUCUUGUAUCGAUAUCUAAGGUAUUUCGCCAACUUGAUUUACGACUCAAACAACUCAAUUAUUUUCCCGUUCAGUUCCUCUUUUACUACGACCGUUCGAUUCUACUUGGUGAUCUAGAAGAAUCCAAUCUCGUGAAGGAAUUACAACUCCCGAUCUUCAAUUCGAGUUUAAACAUCAACAAUUCCAAUUACAUCAACUUGUACAACUCUAUCUGGUUGAUAUUUAAUGACAUCUUGUAUGGUACAACCUUGUACAGAAUCAUAAUCCUCAACUUUGACAAGAUCAUCAAAUUUUUGCAUACAACAGUAAUUGAAGGAUUCCUUUUCAACAACUUGAUGGAAACCAUUGCGUGGGUAUCUAUAAAGCACCCGGCCGGUUUUAAGUUGAAUAAUGAAUUGGGUCAGUUCCUUGGAGAUUUGUAUACUUGGAUAUUAAGAUUCUGGAAGUUUUUUGUAAAUGAUUUUGCACAGCAGAACCUAGUGCCAAUGUUGAGAGGUGAUAUAGUCUAUUCGUUGAAGAAUUUGUUAUUUAUACUUUGCUACCUCGGGGGCAUAUCCUUCUUGUUGGGUUUUAUUAUUGAUAUCGUCAAUCUUUUCACCCUUCAUAUCUACUUCUUCUACUACAUUUCGACGAAGAUUUACAGACGUCAGCUACAAGUCAUCAACUCCUUGUUUCAAUUGUUCAGGGGUAAGAAAUACAAUGUGUUGAGAGAUAGAAUUGACAAUUUAAAUAACUAUGAGGAUAACAAUGAUUUCGAAAUUGACAGAUUACUAUUGGGUACUUUGUUUUUCAUGGUGUUGAUAUUAUUGUUGCCUACGAUUUUUGCAUUCUACUUGUUGUUCUUCUUGAUGUGGCUCUCGCUCUUGAUGACUUUGAACCUUCUUGAGAACCUACAGAUUCUCGUUUCAUUUACGCCUUUGUUUGUUAUUCUAUUAAAGAUGAAGAAUUCAAAAAGACUUCAGGGAGGAAUAAAUUUCAGCUACAUUGGGUCUAGCGGAGCCACUAGCUAUAUCAGCAUGUCCAACAAGUCAUUGUCCUACAAUGAAAUAUUCACUAAUUAUAUCAAAUUAUUCCGAAAUGCGAAAAACUUCAGGGAAUCAAUAGUACAGCACUUUUUCUCGGGCAAGGUCAUCUCAAUCAAAUACAAUAACGACUUGAAGUUUCAUUACUUAAUGUUGCCCAAAAAUCAUGACAAAACAAUAAACAUAUGGAAAUAUGUUAGAUAG